AUGCGGUUUGAUCAGUUACAGAUGGCUCAAGACUUUUAUGUUACCUAUGCAAAGAAAGCUGGAUUUGCAACUAAGAUAAGGACAACAACAUUUGACAAGAUCACAAAGGCUCCCGUUAACCAAGCUAUACACUGUAAUCGCGAUGAGAUCCACGAGUCUCGUGUUAAAGCACCAAUGCGGAAGAAUACAAUUUCAGCUGCUGGGUGCAAGGCAAGGAUAUAUGUAAAGUUUGAUAAAGACGUGCAAGACUGGGUUUUGUUCAAGGUUAACUUGAUGCACUCACACCCCUGUUCACCGAGAAAGGCAGUGCACUACCAUGAGUAUAGGAAGCUGACCAUGCAUGCGAAGUGCGUGAUCGAGGAUAAUGAUGAGGCUGAGAUUCGACCAAAUAAGACAUUCCUUGCUUUGUCAAAUGAGGCUGGUGGCCCCUCUAACUUGGGAUUCUCAGAGAAGGAUUUAAAAAACUAUAUAACAGCAAGGCUCCGAACUAGCAACGUGAAUGCGGAUGUCAGGGAGAUGAUGAGCUACUUCAUGAGAAUGAAGGACAUCAAUCCAAACUUCUUUUACGCGGUGAAGUUGGACGAGGACUGUAAAUUUAAGAGCGCAGUAUGGGUUGAUGCAAGGUGUAGGGCGUCGUAUGAAUACUAUGGAGACGUCGUGUCAAUUGAUAGCACGCAUGGAUUACCGUUUGUGUCAUUCGUUGGGGUCAACCACCAUGGUAAGUCGACCCUCCUCGGUUGUGCUGUGUUGGGUAAUGAGGAAAUCACAAGUUAUGAGUGGGUUUUUAGCCAAUGGGUGAAGUGCAUGGGAACUGCUCCACAGUGUAUCAUAACCGAUCAAUGUUGA